ACUAUCGAAACAAAAACAUAAGCUGCAGUUUAUAACUUUUUUUUUAUUUUAUAUAUUUUAUUUUUACUGUAAAUUAUUUUAAUUAUUUAUUUGGAUGAAAUGUCUAGAAAAAAAUCAAUAUUGAAGGAUAAAAGUAAAACGAUGACAGUAAGCAAUAGGAGUGAUGUCAUAAGUAGCAAUUACUUGGGAAGUAGUUCAAUGAAAAGUAAAACGAAUCAAUGGCCUGAAGAAACUGGAUCGUCAAACUGGGACGGAAACAGCAGAGCGACUUCGUCGUCUUGGCCGGAAGACAUCGAGGAGGCGGCGACAAAUAAAGUUUUGAAAUUGUGGGCUGCUGUAGAGAGAACUCUGUACAAAGAAGAUGACCAGGUCAAGCUUGGAGAUGUCAUGGAUGAGUGCAUUCAGUGGAGAACCCAGAUCCCGCAUUACAGGAUCGUGGGGAAAAAUAUCGAACCCAAGGAUGAUGAUGAUGAUGAUGAUGAAGAAGAAGAAGUAGUAGUUGAAAGUGUUGAGCCAGAUAACAAAAUCGAGGAGUUGAGUCCGAAGGAUCAACACUUGAUCCAGAUAAAAUGUGAACAAGUACUAGAUAGACUGUUGGAGUUCAUUAUGAUUGAGUUAGAAAAAGAAAUGGAUGAUGAUAACGUUAAUAAUGACAGUAGUAAUAACAAGUCAAUGGAUAGUCUAGACCAAGUAUUGAGAAUAGCACCGGCGCCAACCUACAGCGGUAGACGAUUUAAUACAAAUAGAGAUAAAUACAGUAGUAAAAGUAAUGGUAGCAGUAAAAGUAGUGCCAAUUUAAAUAAAUUUGAGUCGUUCGAAUUGACGGAACGCAAUGACACGGCUUUGAAAGCACUUAGAGACAACAAAGACGCGGACUAUGGCAUUAUUGACUAUGACUAUGAUGUGGAGGAUGAUGAUGAGGAUGAGGAUGAGGAUGAUGAGGACAGGACUGAUGCUAAGCUUGGUAGAAAUAAACUCGGCACUGUUUUCAACAACAAAAUUGUUGUUAGUCCGGUACCCUUUGCUGUUACCACCCGCGAAAGUUUUUGCACUUUAAAAACAACGCCCAUUAAGUACGCGGGUCAUCUAUUAGAGCUUUCGACGCCUCAAGGAUUUAAUAGAAAUAUGAACUCGGCAUCUAAAUUAAAUUCUAUGCAACGUAAAUCGCCGAUGAGGUCACAGAGACACUCAUCGUGGCAGUCAUCAGUAAAUCCAACGUGGCCUAAAAAUGUAAGACUUGCUCCUAUUGAUCCUUCGCGUUUACCCAGCAGUAAAAAUCGAUCGAUAGGGUCACCGACGAUUCAACAUCGGAAUCGCAAUUCACUGAGUCCUAUCUCACGAACUGUAAAACCGUCAUCGAGCUCUUACUACUUCAAUGGUGAUGAUUUUUUGGAAGUAACUGGCAAGCAAAUAACACAGUCUGCAAAGUUGACGCGAUUAAAGACGGGGAGAGACAGUUCGAACAACAGACACAUCAAGAAAUCCGCAAAAAGUAUUUCGAAAAUUUGAAGAUUGUUAACAUAUUAAUUUGUAUGAAUAUUUAUAUGCGCGUUAUAGAAUAAUUAGCGGCAAAUAAAAAAUUAAAAAGAGUAAAAAUAAUAAAUAAUCACUCGUUAAAAAUUUGCAUGUAUAAAUUUAAAUUUGAAUAUUAAAUUAUUGAAGUUUGUAAAAAAUAUUAUGAUUAGAAAUGACGUUCGAUAUAAAAGAGUCUACCUCACGUUUUUUAUAAAUUAA